UGCCUCUUGAAAUUUCUCUACGAAAGUCAACUCAAAUCGCCUUCCUUUCUCCCUUCCGCAUACACCAUACCACUAAUUAAAUUCACAACACCUCUUCUCCUCAAUUCCUGUUCCUCCCCUCGCUCCUCCAUCCACCCCUGCAAUGGUAUGGUCAUCCACAGAGACUAGCACAUUGGCCCUCGCUGGGCACACCAACAUCAGCAGACAUGCUGGCAUCAGUGCUACUGUCAGCGGCGCAAUGAACGGGCCGCGACACGCUGUGGACAGCUCGAGAGCGGCAGUUGUUAGGGGUGGUGACCUCCGUGAUAUUGAGAUAGGCGAUCUUUCCUCAGGAGAAGAGUCAGCGGCGGAGAAGGAAACCGACCGAGAAGGCGAUGGCAUUGGUGAUGGGGUGGAACAGACGUUCGGAGAAAAGGCUCAGGCUUUGAAAGUCUCUGAAGCUUCUAAAGCCCCGAGAUCGAAAGCCACCCGAGAGAUUACCAAUGCGGCCGUUAAAGCGCCGGCCACUGGAUCCCUGACCACUGUUCUCACCCAGGCCCUCCAAACUGAGGAUAACAGCCUUUUGGAGUCCUGCCUACAUUCUACCGAUGACGAAGCUAUAUUAGCAACCAUUCGCCGCCUAAACUCCUCUUUAGCCGUCAUCCUUCUCAAGCGCCUGGCCGAACGCAUUGCUAGGCAUCCUGGGCGUGCCAGACCGCUCGGUACUUGGGUUAAGUGGAUCGCAGUCGCACAUGGAGGGUAUUUAGUCACUUUACCGGAUCUGGUGAGCCAGAUUUCCGAACUCCACCAGAUUGUUUCAGCCCGCGCCAGCAGUAUGCCCAAACUGUUGUCUUUACAAGGAAGACUCGAGAUGCUUUCCGCCCAAAUGCAAUUCAGGUCUAGCCCGGCAGGCGCAUCAAAGCAAGACGAAGACAACAAAGUUCUCUACAUGGAGGGUACCGGGGACAGCGACAGUGAGAGCGAGUCUGAUGACGAGCCCGAGAAUGUUGGACUUGAGGGCUUCCAUAUUGAGGAUGCAAGCUUUAUUAAUGCCGAGGGGUCUACCUGCGAUGAUGAUAGUGCUAAUGGCUCCGAAACAAGCGACUCGGACGCCGAGCUCUCUGAUGCUGAAGGAUACGUUGAUUCCGGUGACGACGGCCAUGGUGACAGUGAAUUCCCCAAUGGCUAUCGCACGAGCGAUUUCCUAGAUACCGAAGCUAUUGAAUCUUCGGCCCGUGAGGAACCAGAUGAGGAAGAACCUGCAGAUCUAGACUCUGAGGUGGAUAACGGCGAGAGCCGGGAUGAUAAGGGUAGCGAUUAUGGCUCGGAAGAUGACCAAAGGAUUGUCAAGAGGAUCAGAAGGUCCAAGAAGGCAUCCCGUUAG